ACUGUCUCCUCUGACCACUCUUCAAAUGUACCAUUAAAACCACAAGUGUAACUGGAGCAUCAUAUGAAUUCAUACAUGUUUGUUUUCUUCCUACCACCCAUAUUUUUCUAGGAGUUUCCAGAGAAAACCAGACCGGUGAACUUCAAACAUGAUUUGUUCCAAUGUCCGGACAUGAGUCCCUCCCCUUCGGUCCCCAAUUCAGUUGAGUUUGUGAAGGCGGCUGACAUCAAAGUAAUCGCUGCCCUGGGAGAUUCCCUGACAACUGCGAUUGGUGCCAAUGCUACCAAUGUCCUUGGUAUUCCCAUUGAGUUCCGCCAUGUGUCAUGGAGCAUUGGAGGCCAUGGGUCUUUUAGCGAUGUCAUCACACUGGCAAACAUCAUCAAGCUCUUCAACCCCAACGUGAUUGGCCCUGCCAUGUGCAAGACAGUUCAUGGAAGCCCCGCCCCUCUCAGUGAGACAGGCUUCAACCUGGCCGUGACAGGACACAAUACUUUCAAUCUCCCUGGGCAGACAAGACACCUCAUUGAUACUUUGAGAAAGUUUGAGGACCUGAACUUUGAGGAGGACUGGAAGCUUCUGACCAUUCUUAUAGGCAUGAAUGAUAUUUGUGAUUACUGCAAAGAUAAGACUCUUUUUUCAGUGGACAAUUUCAUUCACUAUAUGACCGUCUCCUUGGAGAUGCUAAUGAAUGAGGUACCACGAAUGAUAGUGAAUGUGGUUCAGAUCUUACCCAUGGAGACCCUGAGGGAAGUCCAUAAGCCCACACCUGGCUGCCUGCUCCAGAGGUCGUUCUGCUCCUGCCUCAUAAAGCCAGUGGCAAGUUCCCCUGAACUCAGGGAGCUAGUGGAGGUCAAUUUACAGUUCCAGAAGAGACUGGAGCUGCUUCUCUACAGUCAGCGCUUCUUCAGGGAGGACUUUGCUGUCAUUCUUCAGCCCUUCCUGAAACAUGCUGACCCUCCUCGCCUUCCGGAUGGGAAGAUCGACAUGACUUUCUUCACUCAUGACUGCUUUCACUUUACAAUAAAGGGCCAUGAGGAGCUCGCCAAAGGCUUGUGGAACAACAUGUUCCAACCUGAAGGAGGCAAAUCUGUUGUUGGCAGCUUUUCUGACCCCAUCGAUCUGAUAUGCCCAUCCAUGGAUCAUCCAUACAUCUACACCAGACCAGGCGCAGCCCCAACAAACCAGCCAACCGUACCCAACGACCCCAGAUCGGCAGGCUCUGGGAAGACAGACAUCCAUUUUUAUUUCCUGGUUUUAACAAGUGUUCUGGCAGGGCAGUCCAUUACAUUAGCCUUGCUGUAGCCCUCCUCUUCAAAUCUUCAGUCAAACCUGAACUAUGUUUUAUACAGUAACAUAUGGGGUGGCUAAAAUGCAUUUUUCGAGAAAAACAACAACUGUCAAUAUCCAUACGAUUGAGUAAAUUUAGAGGUAGGUGCAUGCACAAACAAACAAUGUUGGGGUAAAUGUAAUUGGUGCCCAUUGCGUGCUUUAUCAUGCACUGAACACAAGAGGGGGGCAUUGAUCUACAGCCAACAUUACCAGUUAAUCUACAAAUUACGUGCCAUUGAGGAUGUGUUUUUGACUGAUAUUGAACCAUUGAUCCAAAAUGUAGUGACUAUGAAGCAGACAUAAUUGUGAAAAUAAAUGUUAAUCAAAUCAAAGGUUUGCAGUGCAGACCAAAACUGCAGAGCAGACCACCUGGGAUCAGUGCUAAAAGAAUGAAGUGUGCAUUUAAAAAUAAGUGUCCUAUCCUGGCCUUUAACAUGGAACUGUCAAUAAACAACACAUGCAUUAACCAUUUAAUCGCAGUCCACAUUUGGAAAGAAAAUCACAAUCGAAACGGAACAAAAGAGGCAGGUGAGGGCUAAA